UCGCCACGCUUCGGGCUCGGUGGCGAGCGAAGUGGAGCGGAGUUACUAAGGACUACUAAAAGUUGUUGAUGGCGUUGAUAGUAGAACAACUAUCCCGCCGGCCUAGCUCCUCCCCCUGGUGACGUGGCUCCUUCUCUGACGUCAUAGGUCCUUUAGGCCACUUGAUUUCAGCAUCUACCGUCCCAUGAUCCACAUCUUGUUGCGCCGAUGACGUCAUCUUCUACGCGACGUCGCGCUGCUGUUACGCUGUUUAGUGUAUAGUAGCUGAAAAAAUGGCGGCUGGGACAGGGAAGCACAAGCUGCUGAAUGUCGGCCCCACAGAGCCGUGGUCUGUCCGGGAGAAGCUAUGCCUCGCCUCCUCCGUCAUGCGCAGCGGCGACCAGAACUGGGUAUCAGUAAGCCGUGCCAUCAAACCCUUUGCAGAACCAGGACGCCCUCCUGAUUGGUUCUCUCAGAAGCAUUGUGCAUCACAAUAUUCUGAGCUCCUGGAGACCACAGAGACCCCAAAACGGAAACGAGGUGAACGUGGAGAAGUUGUGGAGACAGUUGAAGAUGUAAUUGUACGGAAACUGACAGCAGAAAGAAUUGAGGAAUUGAAGAAAAUGAUUAAGGAGACACAGGAAAAAUAUAGGAAGUUGAAGAAGGAAGCAGAGCUGAUUCAGAGUGGCCACAUGGACAGCAAGUUGGAUGAACUGUGGAAUUUCAUUUUGACCAAUAAGAAACAAGAAGAGGAGGAGGCAGAGAUGAAGAGAAAGGCCACUGAUGCUUCCUAUCAAGCCCGCCAGGCAGCGAAGAACAUUCCUCGUCGAACUUCAAGUACAGUCAGUCGCUCUUCUAUUGAAUCUUCAUCUCCAGGAGGAGAGUUUGGCUUGGGAGACCUGACACCAAGUAGCAUUGAGGAGGGAAGUGUGGGGGUAAGUGUGGGGUCUUUAACAAGCACCACAGUCUCUUCCUUCAUUGGCAUUCCUGACACCCCUCCUCCUCCUUCUGCCCCCUUGGAGUCCCUGUUGACCCCUAUGAUGGAUGACUCUCCCCAGAAAAAGAUGGUGGGACAGAAAGCAACUCCACCCCCCUCCCCGCUGUUAUCGGAGCUCCUGAAGAAAGGCAGUCUGUUGCCCUCGAGUCCCCGGCUGGUCAGUGAGAGUGAAAUGACUUUAACAUCUACUCAAAUUACCACUUCUGGUGUCUUAAUGGAUGUUGGAGUCCUCCCAAGUCUUCAUGGAGGUGAGCUGCACCCUGUUGCAGGCACAAUUCCAGCGGCUUCAGGUGCUCCCACUCUGUGCCGGCUUCUAGAAGCUGGUCCUGCACACUUCGCUCCAUCUCUCGCUUCCUUCUCUGCUGCUACAAGUGAAUCUCUGUCUAAAUCUUUGCUGACCCCUAUAGAGUCCCAGGCCACCAUUAUUAUGAUGUCAGCACUGCCAAUGUCUGCAGCUGUCCCAGUGACCCAGCAGGAAGACUCUGAAUCUUCUUCAGAUCCACACACCGUUACAGUGUCCAUGGACAGCAGUGACAUUUCCAUGAUCAUAGAUUCUAUCAACAAAGAAUGCCUUGCAAGUGGUGAUGGAAGCUCGCAAUCCAAGGCUGAGUCUUCAGAAAGCAAGGGAGAUCUGGAUCUGGCAGAGAAGAUGGAUAUUGCUGUAUCAUAUACGGGAGAGGAGUUAGAUUUUGAAACUGUCGGGGACAUAAUUGCAAUAAUUGAGGACAAGGUGGAUGACCAUCCUGAAGUGCUGGAUGUUGCUGCUGUUGAGGCAGCCCUAUCUUUAUGUGAAGAGAAUGAUGACCCCCAAGCACUUGGUGGGCCCUGGGAUCAGGAUGUACAUGGGCAUACAGCAAAACAAGAGACCCUUGCACAGUCUCUUAUUCCGGGGCCCAAGGAGUCGGACACAAUAAUGAAUAUAAUGGAGCUGACCGCUGAUAUAAAAACUGAACCUCCGGAAACUGAAGUGGAGCCUGCUCCAUCAGAGGCUUCUUCCGUCAGUUCUCAUUCAUUGUUUCAGCUUGGACCUCCUGAAGAAACCGUGAGAGGGACCACUGUAGAAGAGCCAGUUAAAGAAGAGGAAACGGAACACCACUUGAAAACGGAGGAACCACAUUGUGAAACUUCUCAAAGUGAGACUUUUUCUAAUGAAGAGGAAAAGGGAAUGAGAUCUGAGGAGAGCCCUGUGCUAAUUGAUGCAAUGAAAUCGGAACCUCCAUCUAGCAGUCAGAACAAGGACUCUCAAGAAGAGGAGGAGGAAGAUGAUGAUGAUGUCACAAGUGACGUUGGCAGUCCAGAUGAGCCCAAGGAAGAAGAAGCAGGGGAGGAAUAUUUGUCCGAGAUGGAUAAUGAGCCACCAAUCAGUGAGAGUGAUGAUGGGUACAGUAUUCACAAUGCCCAACUUCAGUCACACACACUUGCUGAUUCUAUUGCCAGUAGUCCAGCAUCCUCCCAAUUUUCGGUCUGCAGUGAAGACCAAGAGGCAAUACAAGCUCAGAAAAUAUGGAAAAAAGCUAUAAUGUUGGUGUGGCGGGCAGCAGCCAAUCACAGAUAUGCCAAUGUCUUUCUUCAACCGGUGACCGAUGACAUUGCUCCUGGCUAUCACAGUAUAGUGCAAAGGCCCAUGGACCUAUCUACUAUAAAGAAAAAUAUUGAGACAGGCUUAAUCCGGAGCACAGCUGAGUUCCAGAGGGACAUCAUGCUUAUGUUCCAGAAUGCUGUAAUGUAUAACAGUUCUGAUCAUGAUGUCUAUCACAUGGCAGUGGAGAUGCAGAGGGACGUGCUGGAACAGAUCCAGCAAUUCUUGGCCACCCAGUUGAUAAUGCAGACAUCUGAAUCCGGGAUCAGUGCAAAGAGUCUGAGGGGUCGAGAUUCCACACGCAAGCAAGACGCCUCUGAAAAGGACAGUGUCCCCAUGGGCUCUCCUGCCUUCCUUCUCUCUCUCUUUGAUGGAGGUACCCGGGGCCGUCGCUGUGCAAUUGAAGCAGAUAUGAAAAUGAAAAAAUGAGGUGGCAGCCUGUGUACUGUGUGGUACACAACGUAAUAGUAGUGAUGAUUGAUUGUAUUGUGUAUAAUGGAGCAAUGUCCUUUUCUGCAAGUUAGUUUGUAACCCCCAGUAUCUGGGUCCUGUAGCUGGCACAUUUCUGUUUGCCCUGCCCUCCAUGAAGUGGCAGCACAAGCAGUAUUAUUUGACUUGUAAAUAUGUACAUUUAGAUGGCUAGAACAUACUGCCUUUGUAAAUGGAGGUUACAGUUCAGUUUUACUUGGACUUUAUUAGAACAGUAGGAAGUAGCAUUCAAUGGUUUUGUACGUACUGUGCUUGUCAAUCGUUUUGUAAAAAUUCAUGAUGGAAGUAUCACAAACCUAUGAAAGGGGAUGUUUGUUCGUUUAAUUAGCCAUUUAAUUAGGUCUUAUAUCGGCAACAUACAUUUGAGGUAGGUCAGUAAUGGACAUUGAACUGUUCAUUAUCUGCUUCCACUAUUAAAUUACAGCUUCUCAUGUACCGUAGCGUGCAAAUCUUAGUUGAGUGGCACUUUUUUUUGUCUGUAUACUGUAUCUCUGACCACCAUUUGUAUUUAAAUGGAUGGCCGCUACCAUCAAUUCACAAUAUUUGGUUUUGUCAGUAGCAGGUUUGUACUUUUAGAAUAGUGUACUGCAAUUGGACUAAAGCUUCAUGUGAUGGGUUCUCACCCUUCUCUUUUGACGCAGUCUUAAACUAGGCACACCUAGCAACUGCUGAGCUUCCCGGCUUAUAGCUGUACAUAUGGCAGUGAUGCUGGCCAUCCAUUGCCCUUUAAGUUAUACAUAACAGGAUCAUUUGUGAACAGAUUUAUUUAGGUUUUAAAAAUGUCUCAUGUUUUGCCCACGGUAAGAAACCACUAUCGUCUCUUCACUCAUUUGUCGUUACCCACUUUCAUCACACAGACAGCUGGAAAAAAGAUCAUGCAUCUGUGAAGGUGGUUUUGCACCUUACAAGAAAUGUAUUCACUCGUAUGUGCCCUCCUGCAACUUUUACUAAACAGAUUACAUUGUUGUAAAUGUUUUAUUUAUAAGCUGUCUGUCUAGUACAAAGACGGUGUCCUGGGUAGGCACGUAAUCAACUCGUAUCCUUGGAGUUUAAAUGAAUGCAUAUCUAACUGUAAGUUGCCUGUGGUUUGACCUGGGCUGACCUCCACACUGGUUAAAAAAAUAAAUAAAACAAAAGCAUUCAUGUACGCUACAGUUUUGCCGUAAACUAAAAUUUUAUGUAAUUUGACAUCUUUGUUGGUUUGUGUAGACUAGAAUGAAAUGAGGUAAUGUUGUGGUACUGAAACCUUUCCAUUAUUUUAAAUCUAUUUGCCAAGUUAAAAAGGACUUUCUUAGUAUAUGGAUUGGAAACUACAUUUAUCAAUAUUUAUUUGUGAAGGUUGUAACAUAUGACCAACUGUAAUAUAUUUCUUUUUGUAUUUUAUGUAUAUGUUGAUUAGUUUGAAAUAAAGGUACCACUUCAGGUAUAUAUUAUGUUAAAAUCAAAAUCCACUGCAUUUAGUUUUAUAUUUUCUUUUAUUAUACAUAGCAUACUGGUAUAACUCCAAUAAGCCUAUUGCAAUGUAUUUUCUUAUUGUAAUUAAAUAUGCACUCUUAUGUAUUGUUAUUUUCUAUGCAUCUUUUCUCAAACCAUUUCAUAAUAUUUUUGCCUCCCAAGAUAUCUCUUCCAGUAAUGAGGUUUAAAGAAAUUUUGGAUUUCUCAGUGAAAAUUUUAUUUAGUUGACUGGAAGGUCAGUUGUCAUGGAGAGAGAUCCUGGGCCAGGGCUUCUGAUAUUCAUGACCCACUUUCCAUAAAAACGUUUCAUCUAUGCUUUCUAUUGAAAGAAGAUACCAGGAGGUCAUCCGUAAGAAGGGGAUUACUGUAACAUGCCACUUUCAGCAGAUAUAGCUGAUCCAGUCUCCUUGCUCCUGGCAUCUUGUCCCCACUUAGCUGCGUGCGGUCAACUCUCUCUGUUUAUCCUAUUUGCAUAAUGAAUAUGCUGUCACUCGUAGGCUUCAAAUUGGAUUUAGGUGUGCUUUGUGCAUAGGAAAAUCAACAUUCAUUUGUUCUGGGGGUCGUCACAAGACUGUUUUGGGCCAGCAUUGACCAGAAAUUGCCACUUACACUGCUCAAAUAUGCGUAUGCUUAUUUAAAUCUUUCCAAAUAAUAUUGUCAGCCUGUAAAUGCUAUUUGUUCUACAGUCAUUGACUAGUUUACCCACCCACAUUUGAAUGAAAAACUGAACCUCCGUAUGUGUGGCCAUCUUUUUAGUUUCUUAACAAAGUAGUGAGUCUCACAUUGCUGAUUUAUUGUUAUGUGAUUUAAUCUGCAUUUUAUAUAUUGAUUUAUUUAUAGUAAGCUUUUUUAAAUAUUUUAAUUGUGUAUAAUAAAGUUUCAUAUCUUAAUUUUAAA